AUGCAAUUCUCAACCACCCUCAUCUUCGCCGGCAUCGCCGCUCUCGCCAGCGCGCAGAACCCGUUCACAUUCACGAGCUUGACGAGCAUCAAGGCUGGUGAGCCGUUCAAUAUCACUUGGGCUCCUUCAACUGGGACGACCGAUACGAUUUCGUUGGUGUUGAGACAGGGUGAGAGUACGGAUUUGGAUACGGUUGAGACGAUUGCUUCCAAAAUCCAAAACACCGGCUCCUACCUCUGGACCCCCUCCACAACCCUCGUCAACGGCGCCGGCUACGCCUUCCAAAUCAUCGACGACGGCAACACCGCCAUCGUAAACUACUCCAACCAAUUCUCCAUCUCCUCCACCAACACCGUCACCCCCGUGCGCUCCUCCACCGCCUCAUCCGCAUCCGCAUCCCCAUCCGCUUCCUCCAGAGCAUCAAUCACAUCCGGUUCCAGCGCCGCUGCAUCUACAACUGGCGCCACGACGAGCGGCUCGAGCAGUGGAUCAGCGACCAGAACGUCUUCGAGUACCAGUGCGAGCGGGACGCAGAGCGCGGCUACUUCGUCGCCGACGGGGAAUCUGAAUGCGGCGGGGAGUGUGAAGGUUGGUGGGGGGUUGUUGGUUGUUGUCGGGGCUGUGAUGGCGCUUUUGUAG